AUCUGCCAUGAGGGGGGUGGCCUCACCUUUCUUGACCUGUCUCGGAAGUGGCUGUGUAAUUGGCUAAGUCUCAUCCCAAUAGGGUCACCUACCACCCACAACUUGGUGGCAUGCCAGAUUGAUGACCUGAUUUAUUACGUGUCGAUGAAGGAUAUCCCUGCUGGGUCAGGACUAUUGGUCUGGUAUGCUCCAUUCUACCAGCCUAAGGUGCAGAAGGAGCUGCAGGAGGUGGGCAGCCCACACAGCCUAGUAGGGGCCAUGGUAAUCACCCAGAAGGUCUCUAGAAGUGUGCAGUCAUCAGCAAAGAAGUCCCUAGAGGAGGCUCCCUCCCUGGCCAAGAUAGUGGUUGGGCAGGGCAAGGUGACCUUUACCCACCAAAGUGUUCAACAAGUGGAUGCUGAUGGCCACUUACCAUGCCAGCUCAUUUACCUUGAGGAUGAAUGUGGCACUGGGAUACUGCCUAAUGUUAGUUGCACACAACUACCUGAAUCUCCCUCAACUUUUGUGACUCAAGGGAUUGCACAAACAAAAAAAUAUUUGUUGGAAGGUAAAACCAUUGAGCCAUAUAGUUGCCAGCCUACACAGGCUAACCUUAGGCCAAGCAUCCAGCUGGCCUCAGUCAGUGAGGACUCACCUGGGUCAGAGUGUGUGGUAAGGCUCACUGUCACAGCUGCACAGGAGACUGGUGAUGAUCAGGAGGCUGGUGAUGAUCAGGAGACUGGUGAUGAUCAGGAGGCUAGUGAUGAUCAGGAGUUGCUGGGUGAUGACACUGCUGAAGACCUCCAGCUAGAUCUCCCUACCUCUUCUGAAGGGACAAGUAAAACCCAUGCAAAUCCAAUGUUAUGCCACAAGAGGAUAUACAAGAAGCUAAAUGUACAUAAAUCAGGUGCCUGCAAAAGAUUCGUGCAGAAAGGGCCAAAGGGUGGAUGGUUGUACCCCUGUGGCCGUCGCAGCCAUGGAUGGGCAUGAUACUCAGGAUGUUGGUCGAUCAACCCCCCAUAAUUAUGAAGAGGAAGGACGUACUGACGCACCCUUCCUCAGCGGAGAUGCACCCAAUAAUGAAGCACACGCGACUUAUGGCAUGCCUACUGUCCGGGAGACACUCCGAGAACGGUGCAUAUUUGCAGAGGGUGUAGACAUCAUCCUGGCCUCCUGGAAACCCGGGACAGCGAAACAAUACAGGCCACACAUCAGAAGAUGGAUGCAAUUUUGUGAUAGGUGGGACAUCAAUCCCCUUGAUCCCACUGUAUCCAACAUCAUCAACUUUUUGACGGAAACUUUCCACAGGAGAGUGGGGUAUGAAUGCCUCAACACGGCCAGGGGUGCCCUCUCUUCCCUCGGCAUUGUGGUGAAUAGCUGUAGAGCGGGGAACCAUCCGCUGGUUAACAGAUUCAUGAGAGGGGUGUUCAAUCUAUGACCAACUAAACCCAGGUACACGGAAACCUGGGAUGUUACACCAGUACUACAGGAACGUAGAUCUAUGUACCCAUUAUAUAACUUGUCCCUCAAAGAACUAACCCUGAAGCUUGUGAUGUUGAUGGCACUUACACAAGCAGCGAGAGUCCAGACUUUACACUUGUUGGUGCUAACAGGCAUUAGCACAGGGGAUGAUUACAUUUCUGUUCAGUUGGGGGGAAACAUUAAACAAUGCAGACCUAACUAUAACAUUCAAAGAGUGAAGUUUCAGGCUUAUUCUAAAGAUGCCAGAUUGUGUGUAUGUAAAACUUUGCUAACCUACCUUAAACAGACAGAGGAACUCAGACAGAUCACCAAACACAAGGUGGAUAACCUACUCAUCAGCUUUCUCAAACCACACAAACCUGUCUCAAAAGACCAUCGCACGUUGGAUCAAGACCAUGCUUCACAUGUCAGGGGUAGACACCGUCAAAUUCACAGCUGGCAGUGUUCGGCCAGCCGCAGCGUCGAAGGCCAAGGCUAUGGCUGUCCCGGUAACGUGUAUUAUGGCGAAAGCGGGGUGCUCAAGAGAAACCACUUUUGCAAAAUAUUAUGACAAGCAUAUUAUUGCCGAAUCAGACCCAUUCCAGGAAGCCGUAUUAGAAUGAGUUGGGUAUCGUACUACAACAUAUGGGUGGACUUUACGGGUUACGUAUAGGGCUCAGGCAACUAAUUAAAUGUUAUGCUGUAUUUUGUGAACAUUUACAUUACCAUGUCUGGGUAUCAAAGUGUGGUGCGCAGCUAAGGCAUAUGGUUUAUUAUUAUUUAUACACUAAGUUUACACAGCAGUAGAUCAGCAUUUCACAAUGGAUGAGCAGUUGUUCAGAUUAGCUGGGUGCUCAUAACAUAUUCUUGUCAAAUGAAUUAUACAGGUCAAAGUGAAAUUUUGUCAUACUUAUGUGCACGUGUAUGUAUAUGAACAUCAGUAGAUCAUCGGUGUCCACUAAUUUUUUAUUGAUCCAAAUUCAUAACUAA